UUGGUCACUGGUUUACUUCGCAGGUUCGUUCAUGACUAGGUAUUGGAUUGAAUUAUUUAAAGAAAACAUAAACAGCAGUGAUGGUUGUGUUAUGAAGGACAACUGAAUAUUUCAUUUCGACGAGAUUAGUAACAAAGCGGUUCUCACCUCAAAUUUUACCACCAGUGAGGGUAUAUCCAAAAGUAUACUGCUCACGUGUGCAGCCUAUCUUAUAAAGGUGUGUUGAUUCAGAUUCAAGUUAUCACCAUGGGAACCAAGAAGCAUGAUGUCAUGUUCAUCUGUCUCGCCGUGCUAGUUAUGCUUGAAUUCAUUUUCUGCUUAUUGAUCAAUGCCUUGGCUGGUAUUGGUGGCUCUUCACUAGGUUGGUUCCUCAACAGCACCGGAGACAUCUCCGAUUACUAUUACAUAGAGAUAACUCCCGCUGGCUGGACAUUCACCAUAUGGGCUUUCAUCUACACCUACCAAGCCCUGUUUCUUCUUUACGUUCUGACGUCACUGUGUAGAAGGAACGCGAAGGGACCAGUCUACCGCAACCACGUUCUCAUCACACCCGUCAUGCUGGUUAUGUACGCAUUCAACCUCGCUCUCAACGUUACGUGGUUGUUCCUGUUUGAUCGACAACACAUGGCGAUUGCCGUUGUAGUCAGUUCCUUGUUGCCGACCACCCUGUGGAUAAUGCUCUUUAUCAACCAUCGUAAAGUUGAUCAAAAUGGCUUCAGCAUGAAACACAGUCACAAGUGUGACUUGUUCCUUGUUCGGGCCAUCGUCCAGAAUGGUCUCGCCUUUUAUGCCACGUGGGUCACCAUCGCCACUCUGUUGAACCUCACCAUCGUGAUGACGUACUGGGGAGACUUGGAACAGUCUGUAGCCUGCACAAUCAGCCUCUCAAUCCUUCUUGUAGAGGUGCUUAUUUACUCGGUCCUUGAGAACAUCGUCUGGGAUAAGUACCUCCGCUACACCUACAGUGUCUGGGUGGUGGUCAUCUUCGCCCUCAGCGGCAGCAUUGCGAGGAACUGGGACCCAGAGCAGCGAAACUCCAUCUACUCAGCCGUGCUCAUUUCCUUAGCAGCGGUGCUGUUUGUUUUAAAGAUCGGACUUAGCAUGUGGCGCUGUUGUAAGAGGCCACUUUACACAAACAAAGUGUCAUCAGAGUCCAAAAUGGAGCUUGCUUUGGCUUAGACAAUAAGUAUGGAGAAUGAAAAAAAGACUUUUAAAAACGAUUUUUUGCUUAUACAAAACUUUGUAUUAUUAACAAUAACCUGUAUCUAUUUGAAAAGGUACCAACUUGAAAGAUACACAAAAAUGCGUUAAAAUUUGUAAUAAGUUUUAGACCUUGAAAUCUUACGAUUGGUUUCAGUCGACCUAUGCCCAUGACGUCAUUUGAGUAGGGCGCCCUCUAGACCAAUGGUUGUUUAUUGGCCGAUGAUGUGUGCUGUGCGUAAACGUUUUCAUUGUCUUUUCCAUGAAUCACCAUAGAUUCCUCGCUUUACGCAAAAAGCUACAUGUAUGUCUAGCACGCCCUUUUACGCAAAAAGUACAGCUUUCGUCCAAUGAUUUGCAUAUACAUUAAUUUUGUAUACAUUUACCUCAGUGAUUGCGGCAGUUUAUUUUCCCUCGUGGGGGCGUGUUUGAGCGUGUGUCAUCAUAAGCAAACGUUUAUUGACUGAAGCAUUGUUUCGCCUCUAAGAUGGCGGCUUGAUGAAUUGCUAAUCUAAUAAUUUUCACUUCAGUUAAAAAUAUUCAAGCUUUUGUAAAUUUGUCGAUACUUUAAUUAACAAAAAUUAAGAAUUUGUUUGUGUGUAACA